CUCACUUUCAUGGGGGAUGGCAACGUGGAUGGCAGGGAAGCGGCUGGUGGGGAGGAUCAGGCCAAUCACAAUCACAGGCGCUGCUCAAAGAGGCUUUGGGUCUUCAUCCUACUCCUCGCCUUUCUCAACGGUAACAACAUAUACCACACCGCCUCCCUCUCUACUCCAUCAUCUGUGUGCCAUAUAUAUGCAGUGGUGUUGGCGGACAGGACGCCAAGCAAGACACGCCGCAAGAGCCGCAACGGCAAGAGCUCGACCGCCGAGGAACUGACCGGCUUCUCUGGCGGCUCUCAAAGGAAAAAAGAGAUCGGAGACCUGCUGAGGGGCGAUGGUGAGAAGGGCACCAAGCGCAGGGGCGGCAAGAGGCAGCACAGGGGGCCGCGAGGCAGGAGGCGCGGUGCGAGAGGGCACAAGGUCAAGAGGGGAUAUGGGAGGGGCUCCUCCGCCCAGCCCUCUUCUCCUGACAAGCUCUUCGGCCCAUAUGAGUACGUGCAUCCCCGUCCCAAGGCCCAGUUCGUCUCACCCGCCACGACCAUCGGCUUCCGCGAGGGUUCCUCACCAGUCGACGGGUCAUCGCUGCGUGACGAUAUGGUGUCGGUGAGAGGCUCCACCUCCGGCACGCACCAAGGGAAGAUAAGGCUUGCCGACGACGGGCUGACGGCCGUCUUUGUGCCGGAUGAGCCAUUUCACAACGGCGAGAGGGUGCGUGUCAGACUGCAGCAGGGGGACGGAUCGGCCAAGGACACCCUUGCCCCACAAUACAAGUGGUACUUCGAAACCAGCAGCACAUGGGAGCCAUGGGCAGACGUCGAACCCCACACACAACCCCCUGCACAGCCCCCUGCAGGCUGGUACAAGCCCUCCUCUUCGCGCGUCCAGGGCCAGCAGACUGGCGGUGGUGAUACGCUGGAAAAGGUCGACGAUUGGCAUCUCACACGCACCGAUGAUGGGGUGGACGAAUGGGUGGUGCAGCCGGAGGGGCUGCAGGGGCCGGACAGUGUGGUGACAGACGGCGAGAGCUGGUCUUUCUAUGAGUUGGCACCGAGGGAUCUGCCGCAGUGGCGCGUCACACGCAAAGCGACCGAAGGCGAGACUGGAGAAGGGCUGAUAUUCGUUGCGGUAUCCCACCAACCAACCCACACGCACCUGGGCACAUUGAUGAACAAACUCUGUGCAUUUGUCCCCGCACAUCAGGUGAACCAAGGCCAUGAACGGAAUCACUAUUUGAUCAUUAUGACCGACGAAGGCCAGCUGGUGUAUUUCCGGCAAAGCAAUGGCACCAUCAGUGACUUCCGCCCCCACCCUGACGGCAAUCUGAGUUACAUCGACAAAGGGACAGCGCCUCAUUUCGACAGAGGCGGCGAUCCAAAGGCACGUCGUGAUACACACACACGCGUCGACUUACGAUGGAUCGAUCAUUUGUGUCGUGUGGUGUGUCAGUGUGCGACUACCCUCAGCCCCGAGUACCAGCCGAGCACCAGCUACUGCAUGCAGCACGACUACCGUGUUGACCCCCACGGGAUACAGAUCAGCCGCGACGGGCGGGCACUGAUGCUGGCCAAGGACACCCAGACGAUGCCAAAUGGCACGAAAGCCAGGGGAUUCGUCCUGCAGGAGGUCGACACGCAAGGGCUCGUGGUGAGCAAUCAUCCGAGCCAGUGAUAUAGGCGUUUGAUGUUUGUAUCAAUGGCGUCUUGUCUGUCGAGUCAGAUGUUCGAAUUCAGGAGCUGGGACCAUUUCACCAUCGAUGACGGGCAGGUAAGAUGGAUAGGUCGCAGCACACAGAGUGCCUCUCUCCCUCCCUCCCUCCCUCCCUCCUGCAGGCCAUGUCUCACCAUGGCGAUCCCUGGCAUGCCAACUCUGCCGACUGGACGGACGACGAGCACUAUGUGGUCAAUCUACGCAACGCAGGCGGCGUCAUCAAGAUCGCUCGCAGUGGGGACAUUGUGUGGCGGUGGGGCGGCACCGACAGGUCGGUGGGUGGGAUGCCUUAUGGGAUGGCCUGGAAUGGGCUGUGUUGUUGUGUGCAGCUUCAACCAGUUCGCCAUCAACGACACCGACAGCGUGAUCGACCCACAUGACGUACGGUGGCUGGGCAGCGGGCGGUUUUCUCUUUUCGAUAACCAUAAUUGCUGUCACGCCGAGCAUGUGGGAUCGAGCGACAAACGAUGGGCAGCCGACGCCAAGCAGUGCUGCUCACAGCCCUUCUCUCGAGCUGUCGAAUAUCAGCUCGACGAAGACACAAAGAGGGCCACAAAGGGUACACACACAACACACCCGUGCGUGGGCUGUGUCGCUAUUGUUGCUGUGUUCUGUGUGCCAUCUGGUCAGUGUUCGAGUACCGGAAUUCGCCGCAGGACUACCUCGGCAUGAUAACGGGCAACGUGCAGACCCUCGACAACGGCAACCGAGUCAUCUCAUGGGGCCUCUCGCAGCGGCCCCACCCGUCCCCACCCUUCAUCACUGAGGUGACAGCUGCCGGGGAGAAGGUCUUCGAGGCACGCUUCAUCGAGGCAGACGACAGCAGACCUGCCACCUACCGCGCUUUCCGCUUCCCAUGGCAAUCUCCGGGCGAAGGCGGCUCGCCCCAGGCCAAAUGCUCACCACAAGGGCGCCUGCACUUCGCCUGGAACGGUGCCACUGAGGUGCGGAAGUGGAUGAUAAUGAUCGGCGACAGCAACCCACCCAAGCAGCACCUGAUGACCGUCAGUAAGGUACGGUUCGAGCAGUGGGUGCCGAUGAAGAACGCCCUGUCGGCAUGCGAGUUCUACAUGGUGGAGGCGCUCGAUGCCGACGACCACGCCUUGGGCACAUCGGAUGUGGUGCCGUCACCUGGGUGCCGCGAUGGCGGUGGUGGAGGCAUGACUGUGAGUGGCGUUAGGGGUUUUGAAGGACAGACAGGGGGGAGUGGGGGAAACAAGCGGCCAAAAGGGCCUGUACAAGAGAGAGACCAAUAGGUUUUACCACACACGGUAGGUAGAUUCAGGCAUUCAUUUCACCCGUCUGUAUAUGUCGAUGGUGUCUUUCGAUGGAAGUGCCAUCCAUUCGUAUUUGUGUCUCCUUCAUAUUUGUCCACUCCUUCAUAUUUGUCCACACACACAUAUACACACAGACAUGGUUGGUGCACGUACGCCGCAAAUCCAUUUGUGUUCUGCUGGCUGGGUGCUUGGUGGUGUUCGUGAAGGCAUCAACGCAUCUUUCGGCCCAUGCGUGAAAUGAAAUGCUUUGUGUGCACACAUGGUGUUUUUCAUCAAUGGGAGUCAUGGGUACGUACCAAUCAAUUCAGACACACGUGUGCGAGUGCGGGUGUGCGCCACAUACUGGUCGGUAGGCAUACAGGGGCAGGCAGUUUUUGCGUGGCUUGGGUGCGUUUGUGCGGCCCAUGGAUGAAUACAACACACACUCGGGGACACGACUUAUUCAUGUGAUUGAUAAGACAUGACAUACACGG